AUGCUCGGAUCAAUCCUCGUAGCCCUCACCGCAGCCGCCGGGGCCAUCGCCUCGCCGCUCGACCUAAUCACGCGGUCAACGCCCGCCGGCACCGGCACCAACAACGGCUUCUUCUACUCCUUCUGGACGGACGGGGCGGGGCAAGUAACCUACAACAACGGCGACGCGGGGUCCUACGACGUAUCAUGGCAGAACGUCGGGAACUUCGUAGCAGGCAAGGGAUGGAACCCGGGUGCGUCGCGCGUAGUAACGUACAACGGGACAUGGAACGGGGCGAACGUGAACAGCUACCUAUCCGUGUACGGAUGGACGCGGAACCCGCUGAUCGAGUACUACGUGGUGGAAUCGUACGGGACGUACAACCCGUCCAGCGGCGCGACGAAGUUGGGCUCCGUGCAGAGCGACGGCAGCACCUACGACGUGUACCGCACGCAGCGCGUCAACCAGCCGAGUAUCGACGGCACGUCGACUUUCUACCAGUUCUGGUCCGUCCGCCAGCAGAAGCGCGUCGGUGGUAGCGUUACCAUGCAGAACCACUUCGACGCGUGGGAGAGCGCGGGCUUGAAGCUUGGCACGCACAAUUAUCAGAUCCUGGCUACGGAGGGCUACCAGAGUAGUGGCUCGGCUAAGAUCACCGUUCAGCAGUCUUAA